CGGCGCUGAGGAUGAUAUCGCGAUACGCGCGGAAGCCGGUGCAGCCACAAGGACUUCCAAAACAUGCCUUGAGGCAUCACCCACUGCCAGAGCCACGGGCUCAGGUGUGCCCAGCCACACCCACGGCUGAACACCUCGGCCAGACCUCCAGGGAGUCAGGAAUCCAGAAGGAAUUGGAUGAUCAUGGGGAUCCAUGGACUGCUAGUCAGGGUUGUGCUGACACCUCCACAGAAGACAGCUCAGUCUUCUCCUGGGGCUAUGACGAAUUUGACAAAGCUGCCACACAACAAGUUCAGCAGAUGUUCAGACAAAUUGAUGAGCUCCUGUAUGAGCAGAAAGAGAACGUUCAUGUUGAGGGACUGCGGGAAGAAUGCCACCAGUGGUCCUCCAGCUUUCCUCAUCUCAGGGUGGUGGGGAAGCAGGUGGUGGCCCCCACAGAUGAAGGGUAUGGAUGGUUCUCGAGUUCCCCCUCGAGCAGUUUGGCUCCCUCAGAUGUAAGUUCACCACAGGAAGAGGAUUCUGAUGAGUUUAGGGUUUUGGGCAAGAAGGUGCCUCUUUUUGUUGCUCCUGCCUGCAAAAAGGCUUCCAAGCCCCAGACCUUGUGUUCCUCAGAGAGCGAUGAAGGGGAAGAGGAAGUCAUUCUCUCUGAGGGCAUAGUGGAGGAAUACUUGGCAUUUGACCACAGAGAUGUGGAGGAGGAGUUGCACGAGAGGAAAAUGGGACUGUCCUCUGGCAGAAGGAAAUUGGGGUUUCCUCCUGUCUCUCCCUAUUCCUGCAUGAAGGAUUCCGUGCUCACGUUUGUGUUUGAUGAUGUGUGGAGUGAAGUCCUGGUCUGCAUGGAAGAACUGAUCUGCAGGCACUGGGAAGGGUCAGCCUCUGAUGAUGAGAAAAAUAUCAUAACAGUAGAAACGCUGCGAGCAGAUGCCAGAAGCCCUUUGCAGCUGGAUCCUCUGCCAGCACUGUUACCUCGGGUGCCACACACAAAGAUGCCCUCAGUGACAUCAAAUCUGUGCCCAAAACCCAGAGGUGGCCGCAAAAGCAAAAAGAGGAGAAAAACACCUCAAGUAACUCUCUCUCAAGGGUCAAGUAGUAGUUCUCAGCAUAAACUGAAUGGCUUGAUGGUGAUCCAUGGAAUCCAGUUACACCAAAGGAACCUGCCUGUAGUGGAGAAAACACUGGACCUGGAUGACAAACGGCCAGGUUCGAGUUCCCUCCUCUCUACCCGGGUGUGGCCAAAUCGUCCCCUGGAGCUCAGCACCUCGUCCCUGUCCCGCUGCACGAGGAGGAGGAACCCUCCCCCACGGACCCUGCAUCCCAUCGGGACCCCACGCUCCGGGGACGACGUCUGCAGGCGCCUCCUGACAGCACAGGAGCAGCUGACCUCACCCUCCCCACUGCUGCUAAACAGAAACCACCCCCUGCCACCCAUUGCCACCACCAGUGUGGCAGAGCGUGGGGACACCACAGGACCUCACAGGCAAACGAAACCUCGAGGGAACUCAAGCUGUGCUUACACUGUCAUGACACCCGAAGACACUCACCAGCAGCUCCAGGAGCAGCUGCUCUUACCUGAUCCCUUCUCCAGGCCUAACACAACCAGCACAUCCUUGCCCCAUUCCCAGCGCCGCCGUUCUUGCACUGUUACUGAUUAUAGCAAUCAGUCCUGGACAAGGAGAGGAUCCACAAGUUCAGGUCUUCCACUACGUGGCUCUGUGAAAGCCCAUGGCCGAAGUGGAUCAGGCACAAAAAGCAAACAGAGGCACUGACAUGCCAUGGAGAAGCACCCACCCAUCCAUCCCUCUCCAGAGAGUCAUGAACCACCUCUCCUUCCCAGCAAGGUCAACGUUGUUUACACAGAGUUUUCAAGCACCCUUCCUUACAGAUAGUUAUUUUUAUAUAAAUCUAAGUAGCAGCUGCCAAAGAUUAGCAGGGGUGCACUUAAACAUUCCAUUUCCUGCCAGUAGAGAAAGUGAUGCUCCAGUGGAAGGGUGAAUACAUUCCAGUGAAGCCCAACUCCUAGGAAAUCCAGCAAACACUCUCAGUCUGUGCUAUUUUCCAUGAGGCUGGUCCUGUCCUUGCAGGCUGCAGGUACUGCAGGACCUGCUCAUUUUUCCCCUGGGAGGGUUAACCUGGCCUUCCAUAGCCAUAGUGAUUCACAUAUUUUAACAAGUGUAUUUAUAUGUUUAAAUAUGUUUAAAGCAAUAUUGUACUGGCAAAAGCAAGCACUCGGUUUAGGGAAGUGAUGAAUGCUGUGGUAGCUGCAGCAGGUAUGAACACAGGUGUGUAGGACCAAGGCAGCAGAGCAGGUGACCUGGCAUCUCCAAGGGCAGCACACCAUUGCCUCUUCCUGAGUUGUAAUAAAACCUUUUACCUCUUCCUCACUGACUGAAGAAGGUUGAACAGGCAAAAAGAAACUUCUUCCUACAAAUAGUUUCAGACAGUACUCAGUACUGGUGAGACAUUUUAUGGUAAUUUCACAGAAUAGCUCAGUGUCCCUUUGUAAAAAUACCUACAAUUACACAAGAUUUCUUCACUCCAAGGUAGAGUUGCAGAAGCCACUGAUGCAGUGGAGCUUUUAGAAGCUGCAUCUGCCUGUGUGACAGACCUAACAGAGGCAUUUGCUGGAGUUGGCCUUGUGGCUCCAGAUAAAACAAAACCAUCAAGUACAGGCUUCUCAAAAUAAGAGAUUAGUUGAAGGUCUUACUCCCAAACAGUAAGUGCCAGACUGAAAUGUAAAAACAAGCUGAGGUAACUACUGGCUGUAUUUAAACAAAGUUAGGACACUCCACAAAAACAGUUAUUCCUUUCUAGUCCUAUUAAAGAGCACUGUUUUCCUAUAUUUUCUUAUUAUUCUUCAAAUUACAGUUCACAAUUGAAAAAAACCUUGUUAUUAUUCUUUAUGAAGUGGCUCCCCUAUUUCCCCACUCCAGACCAGAUAAUAAUUUUUCAUCAAUACUGAAGCUCACAAGUCCAGUUGAUCCAAACAUGCUUUAAUCAAAAACAGGGAACUGCAAAUAUAACUGGGUUAACCUGCCUUUGCAUUUCCAGAAGUUUAAAAAAAAAAAAAAAAAGCUGCUCUGAGCUUAAGCUAUACCUCUUAAGUUUUCAGAGAGAGAAGCUGAUGCUCACAAGAGACCUCUACUCACUAAACCAUCUCAAAAUACAAUUUCUCUUCUGGAACACUGUGCAGUGUGUCAGUUAUGUCAGGCAAAGUGCAGAUAACCAUCCCAUUUGUAUUCAUGCCAUUCCUCAGGGACCAAGUGAGUUUUCUGUAGCACAAGAGUUUAAAAUGCAGACAAAUAAACUUGAGUAGAUUCUGUUAACAUAAUGUAGUGUUUUACAGCCUAGAGGAGUCAGUGGGUUUAAAAAAGUGCAGUUGUCUCUAAGGCCAUUUUUGGUUUUUUGUACAGAUGGCUGACACCAGGGACUGCUCCUGGACUGUUAUUUAUUUUGUGCAAUAAAAGUAAUCUUCAAGUCCUGAUAUACUCUCUCAGAAUCAGGGUUAUUUUUGAGAGCAGACAAGUGAAAGGGAACAGAGAGACCAUCUACCUCUGGCUUCCCCCCAGGAGCUGUUGUUGAAGCUGUGAGAGCCUUCAACUCCUGAAGUGUUCACCUCGAGACUCCUACACCUUUGAAAAAUGAUCCUCCUUGGAAGUGUGCAGGAUUUACUUGACUGAAAUCAGAAGAAUCAACACAAUUGGCUUGUUUUAAAUAGCUUAUUUAGAAAACAUACAGAGAACUGGAGAAGGAAAACUCUGAAAAAAACCCUACCUUCUAGUUUAUUAAAUCUGCAAUUUUUCAAACUAUCUUUAUAAAAACUACUGGAAUAUCUGAAAAAGACCUGUUGAGCUGAUGUGCAAGGACCUUUAAAAACAGCAGGAGGUUUGUUACAGAAGAAGUGUGGAUAGCACACAUGGAUCUCAACUGUAGAGCACCCAAAGGGCUGGAGACAGUAGCACAGGAAUGCCUUGUCUUCCUUGUUCAGCACUCCGAGUCAUGUCUCCCACUUACAGCCAGUCAAUGCACACAGUCCAAAACAGGAGCCCGGAAAACACCCUAAAUUCUC